AUGGCAACAGUCGACCCACACCCAGAUGUUGCCCUUUCCAUCGCCAACCACCCAGCAACAAGACUCCCAGGUCCCUGUCUCCUUCAUCACCUCGUACAACACCGCUCCGAGACAAGAGACGACGAUGCACUCGCCAUUGACUACCUUGCCCCCGACGGCUCGCGGGUCUCACUGUCAUACCAUGAGCUACAUCGAAAAUCUGACGCCUUAGCAGUCAGGAUAUCAUCUCUCGCCGGGCCGGUAACAGACGACAACUCGCAACUGAUCGUUCCAGUCCUCAUCCCCCAGUGUCCAGAUUUGUACAUCACCCAGUUGGCCAUCCUCAAGGCCGGAGGAGCCUUCUGUCCGCUUAACCUCGAUAUUCCCCUGGAAAGAGCAAAGUUUAUUCUCAAUGAAGUCUCGGCUGCUUUGGUCAUUACCACUCCGGAGCUGGCGGAGAAGGUACCUGAAGACGAGACGGGAAAGAGGGUUCUCAUACUCAGCGAUGAGGUCUUCACAUCAACAGAAGAGACAGUCGAACACAGGCAACCAACACCAACGAACCUGGCCUAUGUCAUGUACACUUCCGGCUCGACAGGAACACCCAAAGGUGUGCCCAUCACCCACGAUGCUGCCACUCAGUCUUUGCUAGCCCACGAUCGACACAUUCCCGAAUUCUCACGGUUCCUUCAGUUCGCGGCGCCGACAUUUGACGUCUCCGUCUUUGAGAUUUUCUUCCCGCUGUUCAGGGGUAAGACACUCGUGAGCUGUAACAGGUCAGCCAUGCUCAAUGACUUGCCUGGAGUCAUCAAUGAGUUGGAGAUCGACGCUUGCGAGCUCACGCCUUCGGUUGCUGGGAGUUUGUUGCGAAAACGGGAAAACGCCCCGGGGCUAAAGUUGCUCCUGACCAUCGGUGAGAUGCUGACGCAACCCGUCGUUCGCGAAUUUGGUGGCGAUGAUACCAAGGAGAGUAUCCUCUGGGGUAUGUACGGCCCAACCGAAGCAGCUAUUCACUGUACUGUUCAACCCGCUUUUGCUGCGGACUCUGUGCCUGGUCUAAUCGGCUUCUCGCUUGACACUGUCUCCUCGUUCAUUAUCGCUAUACCAGAGGAAGGUGAUGAUGCAUCGCAGAUCAAGGUCGUUCCCAUGGGCGAGGUUGGUGAACUCGCUAUCGGCGGCCACCAACUAGCGCCCUGCUACCUCAACCGCCCAGAAGUCACGGCCGAAGCUUUCGUCUCCCACCCAGUUUACGGCCUUCUCUACCGCACAAAGGACAAAGCGCGCAUGCUUCCCGAUGGCACAAUGCAAUGCAUGGGCAGAAUCGGCGACGGCCAAGUCAAACUCCGCGGUCAGCGCAUCGAGCUAGGAGAAAUCGAGCAUGCCGCAUUGCGUACCCCAGGGUGCCACUCCGCCUUUGCGGCAGUGAUCAAGGGCAUCCUCGUCCUCUUUUGCGCUGUCGACUCUAUCGAUUCCAUGCCCACCAAGAUCGAAGAGUCUUGUAAAGCCUGGCUGCCGGGGUUUAUGGUUCCCGGUGACAUUAUCGUCAUGAAAGAGUUCCCUCGCUUGGCGUCAGGCAAGGUGGACAGGAAGGGACUGGUGGCUGAGUAUGAAGCUAUGCAAGCUAGUGGACAGCCGAAGGAGGAGGAGUUUAGGGAUGAGAAGGAAAGGCAGAUUUAUGUGCUCGUGCGAAAUAUCCUGGGAGUUGUUGUGCAUCCCACUCAGAGUUUGAUGCAUGCGGGUAUGGAUUCGUUGAGUGCUAUCAAGCUUGCAGGUGCGAUGAGGAAGACGAUGGGAGUGGCGAUUGGGGCGAAUGAGAUCCUGAGUGCUAGGACGAUAAGAGCGCUGAGGGAGGUGGUUAGGGAUGUGGAGGCUGAGGGCACCACAGAUGGGGAAGAUCAGGGAGAGGAUAUGAAGACGUAUCAGCCAGCUGAGAUUGCGGUCGACAAUGACGUUGUGAAAGGACGGUUGGAGAGUAUCGAGGCUGUGCUGCCUUGUACACCGCUUCAGACUGCGAUGCUUUCUGAGACAACGGCCAACCCGAGGGCAUACUGCAAUUGGUUGAAGCUCAAAUUUCCGGAGGGCUGCACGGAAGUGGAUGUCCGGUUGUGGUUCCUUCAGCUGGCGCAGUUGAACGAGGCCCUAAGGACUGGGUUCGUUCACCAUAGCGGCCAGUUUCUGCAGGUCAUCUUCAAGUCCCUUGACGAUUCACUGGUCUCGGUGACCGACAGCAUUACCGAGGAGUUCUCCUUCAUGAGCGAUGAAGACUUCCUACGCCCCUUCCGGGUGUUCCUGUCUUCGGCUACAGCGACAUCACCCAUCACGGCCCUCCUCCAGAUCCAUCAUGCCAUCUACGACGGCUGGUCAACGGACCUCCUCGUCUCUGACCUCCACUCCUUCAUCAACGGUUCUACUCCCACCGCCCGUCCCUCAUUCAGCGCCGUCAUAACCUACUACCACUCGGCCCCCUACCGUCGCUCUUGCAACCUAGCGCGCGAGUUUUGGGCUCAACACCUCGCUGAUUUCCAGCCGCCUUCUCUUCCCGAACUGCGACCCGACAUCGCUCCUUCUUCUACUGUUCAAUCCCACUCUGUCCAUCUCCCCUCUUUUUCUCCUCAACACGUCAAGUCUGUCCUUCGCGAACUGGACUGCACGCCGCAAGUUCUCUUUCAAGCUGCUUUAGCUUGGCUAUGGAGCGUUUACGUCGGAAAUCAAGACGUGGUCAUCGGCACUGUAACAUCGGGAAGAACCAUUCCAGUGCCAGGCAUUGACGAGAUUAUCGGACCUUGUAUCGCCACAGUACCCCUGAGGACGGACUUAGGAGGUGUAAGAACCGUGAGGGAUUUGCUGGGAAGUGUGCAAGCGGUGGGUAGGGAGGUGGUACGGCACAGCGUAUUGCCACUGAAGGAGAUCAAGAGGGUAGCGGGAAUUAAGGCCGGCCAGAGGCCGUUCGAGGUGCUUUUUGUCUACCAGGAGACACUCGACAACUUGACUACCCCUGGGGAUGCGGACAAAGAAGGCGGAAAGGGAAAGAUAGUGGAACUGGAACAAGGACGCGACUGGCUUGAGACAAAGCUUCUUGUCGAAGUCGAGCCUCGACAGGAUAUGUACGACUUGGCGCUCACCUAUCAUACUGAUGCUUUCACUGAGGCUCAGAUCUCUGUUAUGGGAGAGCAGUUGAGUGUGCUUGUUGAGGCCAUGCUCAAGGGCUUGGAUGCUAAAGUAUCUUCCCUGAAAAAGGUCUUCCCAAGAAACUCGUUGUCGAUCUACAACGAGCAGCCGAAGACACUUGAAGGCGUGCCGGAUUUGGCGAAGGCAGUUGAGGCGGCUGUUGAGAGGAACCCCAAUCAGGAUGCACUGUGCUUUGCCGAACGGGUCGCGGAGGAUGGAACAGUGGAAGCAGAGAGUGUGAACUAUCGGGAGUUGAAUGCCAUGGCCAACAGAAUUGCCUGGUUGCUGAAAAGUCAGGGAGUGAAGGAGGGGGACAUCGUGGCGAUUGUAAUGGAGAAGUCACUGCUUCUAUAUGCGGGUGUAUUGGCGAUUCUUAAGGCUGGGUGUGCGUAUCUGCCACUGCUGCCCACCACACCGGUUGAGAGGGUCAAGACUGUCUUUGGACAGGCUGGUGUGCGGCAUUGUCUGGUUGAUUCCGAUUCAAACUUCAAGCUGGAGAAGAUUGAAGGGGUCGACUUCAUCAACCUUGAGACUGCUGAGUUGGACGGUUUCUCCAACGAAAACCUGAAUACUCCAGUUGAUCCCUCCCGCACCGCCUAUAUCAUCUACACCUCCGGCUCCACAGGUAUCCCCAAAGGCGUCUGCGUAACUCAACUCAACAUCGUCAGCAACCUCGACGUCUUAUCUCGCAUUUACCCAUCAACCCCCGGCACAUCCCGUCUCCUCCAAUCCUGCUCCCAAGCCUUCGACGUCUCAGUCUUCGAGAUCUUCUUCGCCUGGAACCAAUCCAUGACCCUCUGCUCCGGCACCAACGACGUUCUCUUCGCCGACCUCGAGCGGUCCAUCCGUUCACUCGAAAUCACCCACCUCUCCAUGACGCCCACCGUCGCCUCGCUCGUCUCCCCCGAAAAUGUUCCCGGGGUAGAAUUCCUGGUGACAGCAGGCGAGGCAAUGACUCCCGCGGUUGCAGCAAAAUGGCAUAAACAGCUCUGGCAAGGCUAUGGGCCAUCAGAGACUACCAAUAUCUGCUCCGUCAAGAGGAUGGUUAUCCCGCCCAGACACAGGAUCCGACAUCUGGGAUUCACGUUUCCCAACACCAGCGCGUUUGUGGUGUACCCUGAUAACGAAGCCGAUAAGCUUGAACUGGUACCAGUGGGAGGGUUCGGCGAGCUUUGUUUCGGUGGGGAUCAAGUCGUUAAGGGGUAUUUGGGGCAGGAUGAGCUGACGAGCGAAAAGUUUGUGGUGCAUGAGGAGUGGGGGCGGGUGUAUAGGAGUGGUGACCUGGGGAGGAUGUUAGCUGAUGGGAGUUUGGUCAUUUGGGGGAGGGCGGAUGAGCAGGUUAAAGUUAGAGGGCAGAGGGUUGAGUUGGGGGAGGUUAAUUCUGCUGUGCAGGCGACUGCUGUGCAUGAGGUAGGUGCCGGGCGUGUGGAUGUGGCUGGAGGUAAGUCGAGGGCCGCGGAGACAGUUGAUGGAAUGGAAGAAAAGGGGGUCGAAUGCGCGACUUUGUUCUUCAAGUCGAAGAAAGGGGAUGCUUCCACUGGCUCAGGACAAGGACAAAUCGUCAGCUUCUUCGUCCCCAGCGGAAGCCAUGGCCGCCGCGACACAGCAUUCCAGAUCCCCGAACUCGACGAUGUCCUCAAAAGCGAAAUCCGCUCCAUCUUCCAAUCCGUCGAGGCACGAGUACCUAGCUACAUGAUCCCCUCGUUCGUCAUCCCUCUCUCCAAACUCCCCAUCACCGCAUCAGGAAAACUCGACCGUCGUCUCCUCGAAGAGAGCUUCACCUCCCUAACCCGGGAAUACCUCGCCUCCGCUAGCCCUUCCAUUGGCUCCAGCGACAACGAUGGUGACGGUGGGGAGUGGUCAGAAGCCGAGAGCAAAGUCGCAGAAAUCGUUUGCCAAAUCUUUGCGGUUGAUAGGAGCAGUGUGCAGAGAUGGACGCCCCUUACCGCCUUCGGACUCGAUUCUAUCUCAGCUAUCGAGCUUUCUAAGCAGAUUGCUGCGAACCUGGGCGGUAAGCGUCUUGCUAUCUCGGCGAUCCUUAGGAAUGCCACUGCUGCGAGAAUUGCGUUGGCGUUGUCAGAGUCGGUUACUUCCGGGUCCUCGGCAGCGACUAUGACAGAAGAAGCGCCUGCGGAUGCGGAUGCGGCAAAGGAGAGAGUCUUGGAGCCGGUGGUCCCAGUGGAGAUUGCACUAGCGGUUACGGAACAGUUUGAAGAGAAGGGGAAGAAGGUAGAAAAGGUGUUACCUUGCACUCCAUUGCAGGAGGGCAUGCUUGCUGCUUCUGCCGGGCGUGGGCGUGGGGCCUACGUGAACAAGAUGCUGCUGAAACUUGGAGAUACAUGCAAUGUGGAAAGCUUGAGGAGGGCCUGGGCGAAGGCUUGCCAGAGACAGGGAAUUCUGAGAACGGCUUUUGUGUCCACUGAAGACUCGGAGCGGCCGAUGAUUCAGGUUGUGUUGGAAGCUGGCAGUUGGGAGGUGCCAUGGUUAGAGUUUGACGCUUCUUCAUCUUCAUCUUCAUCUGAGGAUGAUGUGGACAAAGCCAUCGAGAAGCAUGUCUCCACCCUCUCCGAGCCGGUCGAUUCUGUCGAACCGCCUAUUUCGCUUGCCAUCAUCAACAGCGAGGAAGGCAAGUUCCUGUCAUUCAUCUGCCACCAUGCUCUUUACGACGGAGUGGCCAUCCAGCGCUUGCUUUACGAAGUCGAACAGCUUCUUGUUGAGAACAGCAGCGAGCUACCUCCAGCGCCAGAAUAUGAGCCUUUCCUUCGUGAAAGUUUGGCGUUGGCAAAGGCACCGGAAACAGACACGUUUUGGAGGGAGCAACUAGCGGGAUUCCAAAGCCGGUUGUUAACGGGCUGUUUCAACUUCGCUACCAGCCCAGUUGAGUCGCCGGCACCUGCUCUACUAACAACCCCUAUUCCCACCCCCCUCAGUCAGAUUCUCAGCAAGACCAAAACCUCAGGCAUAUCCCUCCUCUCCCUCGUUCAAGCCUCAUGGGCCACCGUCUUAUCAGUCCUCCUGAGGACGGAAGAUGUCUGUUUCGGCAACGUACUCAGCGGCCGGACCCUACCAAUCGAAAGGAUCGAUGAGCUCGUGGCGCCUUGCUUCAACACUGUCCCGGUGAGGAUGCGGUUGGAUGACCUCCAGGGAGGCUCAAGGAACCUUGAUUUGGUCAAGGCGUUUGGACAGCUGGGGGCAGGAAUUUUGGAGGGACCCGGGUUUGCUUCGUUGCGGAAGGUGCAGAGUUUGGUGAAAGGAGGCGAGAAGCUUUUUGACACGCUGCUAUUGCUGCAACAGGGUGGAGGUUAUGGGGAGAAGGGGGACAGUGUGUGGGAAGUAGUGAGGGAUGAGGGUGGUAUGGAUGUCCCGAUCGUGGCUGAGUUCGUGCCUGACGCCAGGAAGGAUGAGUUAUUGGUGAACUUGCACCUUGAAGGCGAUCACUUCUCCAAGGAGUUCGCCGACCUGGUUCUUGAUCUCCUCUUCACCACUCUCGACAACUUCCUGCAGUACCCAGCAUCGCACAUCUGGCGGUUUGACACCGUCCCAGCAAGUCUCAAGGAGAAGCUUACUCAGCUGCCAUUUGAUGUUACCGAAGUAUCAACCUCGUCAUCCUCCAAUGGUGGCCAAGCAAGCGAUGCUGAAGAGGAGUGGUCCAGCCUCGAGUCCCACAUCCGCAACGUUCUCACAUCGCUCAUGACCAACAAAGACCGUCGCAUUGGGAAGGAGACGAGCAUCUACCAACUGGGCCUAGACAGCAUUUCCGCCGUGCAAAUCGCUUCGAUGCUGCGGAAGGAGCUUGGGUCUGAAGGCCUGAAGGUCAAUGCUAGCGAUGUCAUUUCACAUCCUAGCUGUGCUGCAUUGGCUGCGUUCUUGAACACUCAGCGCGCUCAGUGUUCCGAGCCUGGGGCCGAAGAGAAGGGCACAAUUACGUAUGACAUCGCAAAGUUCCAGGAACAAGUCAAGUCCCAGGUUCAACCACAGCUUGCGUCCCAGAGCAUGGAGUUCAAGAGCAUGGUGGAGGUUCUGCCUUGUACCCCGUUGCAAAGCGGAAUGUGGAUGCAGUUCGUGCGGUCUGCCCAGAGCGGAGGAAGGGAUUACCUCAACUUUUUGGAGUACCAGGUCGACAAGAGUGGCGGUAUUGGGCUGCAAGACCUAGAGAAGGCGUGGGAGAGGCUCUCUCUGGCUCAACCUAUCCUCCGCAUGAGCCUAAUGGCAGUGGAGCAUAACGAUUGCGCGUUCGUGAUGGUUCAACACCAGCCUGACGCUGUAAAGAAGCCGGUACUUACGAUCAAGGGCCAGCCUUUUGAUGUUGAGAAGUGGCGGGGUGAGCUCGCUAGCGACAUCCUAACCGGACAACAGCCUGUGCCGUGGGGUGUUGCUCUAAUCGAAGCCACUGAUGGGUUGACGAUGCACAUCGGCAUGCACCAUGUUCUUUAUGACGCCCAUUCUCUGCAAGUAAUCAUGGCGGAACUGGCCAAAGCUAUUUCUGGGAAGGAAUUGACCUUGGUGGCGUCGACUGGAACUGAAACUGCCGUGGCCGAUAUUCUAACGCAGAUCGAGACUUCCCGAGAGACAGCGGAGAAGUUCUGGAAAGAACAAGCGGACAGGACAGUCAUCAACAGUUUCCCGGUAAUGACGCCCUUAAAGGAAUCGACUCGAACAAUCCAGGUCGAAACACAGCAAGGAGGCAUGUCUUCACCCGAACUAGAGAAAGCCGCGGCCGAGUCAGGGUAUAGCAUACAAGUCCUCAUCCAGGCCUCCUGGGCCCGAGUACUAUCGGCGUACUUGGGAGAAGCAUCAGUGACGUUUGGUGUUGUCCUCUCUGGCAGGAAUACGGAAGCGACCAGGGACGCGGUCUUCCCGUGUAUUACCACGUUGCCGGUUAUUGCUUCUAACGUCGCAAGCAAUAGGGAGAUGCUGGAGGGCAUGAUGAAGUACAAUGCUGAGCUGUAUAAGCAGCAACAUCAGCCUUUGGCGAAGAUUCGGCAGUGGCUUGGAAGGCCGGACACGAGGCUUUUUGAUACGUUGGUUGUUUAUCAGAAGUUUUCGUCUGCUGCUGCUGACGGUGGUGCUGCUGCUGGGACUGAAAACCAAGCGCCAUGGACGUUGGUGGAAGAUGCCGCGACGAUCGAUUACCCCGUCUCCAUUGAAGUCGAGCCUCAGCCCAACGGAGAGAUCAAGUACGCCGUUACUUUCUUCGACGACGUCCUCCCUCGAGAGCAAGCCCAUCUUUUGUUGAAGCAAUUCCAGGCAAUGGUGGAGUUUCUUGCGCUUCACCCCUCUGCUGACGAGGACGGACUCUUGGAGCUUCACCCGGAGUUGUUCGCUAUCCUUCCCCCCGAGGAACCGGUGUUACCAGUUCCGGAUAAUAUUCAGUUUCUUCACCAGUUCGUCGAGGUCCAGGCUCUCAAGACUCCGGAGAAGGCGGCUCUGUUCUUUGCUGAUGGGUUUGAUACCCUUGGAAAGCCGAUUGGGCAGGAGUGGAGCUACCACGAGCUUGAUGCCAAUGGCAACCGGGUUGCAAAUAUGCUGUCAGAGCAUGUCAACGUCGGGGAUAUUGUCGCGGUCUACUUUGAUAAGUGCCCUGAGGCGUUCUUUGCUAUCCUGGGUGUCCUCAAGGCGGGAUGUUCGUUCGUGGCGCUAGAUACUGGAGCUCCAGAGGCAAGGAAGGAGUUCAUUGUCAAGGAUUCUGGUGCAACCGCCUUAUUGACCACGGCUGGAAAGGCCGAGGAGAUGGACUUUGUUGUCGAAGUUCCUGUCUUGGGCGUUGAUCUGGCCAAGUUGCAGGAGAUUUCGGCCAACCCUCCGGUCCUCAAUCGGGAACUGCUCCCAUCUGAUGCGGCCUACUGUCUCUACACCUCCGGCACAACCGGCACUCCCAAGGGUUGUGAGAUCACGCACGAUAACACAGUCCAGUGCAUGCUCGCCUUCCAGCACAUCUUUACCGGACACUGGGAAGACACAUCACGUUGGCUCCAGUUCGCGUCCUUGCACUUUGACGUCUCGGUCCUUGAACAAUACUGGUCAUGGUCCGUUGGUAUCACCCUCGUUGGCGCGCCCAAGGAUCUUAUCCUCGAAGAUCUCGCGGGGACUAUUUCAAGGUUGGAAAUCACGCAUAUCGACCUCACUCCUUCCUUGGCAAGGUUGUUGCACCCCGAUGACGUCCCCUCCCUGUGUCGCGGCGUGUUCAUCACUGGCGGAGAGAGUCUGAAGCAAGAGAUUUUGGACGUGUGGGGUGACAAGGCGGUUAUCUAUAACUUUUACGGACCGACAGAGGCGACCAUUGGCGUGACGGUCUACCCUAGAGUACCGAAGAACGGAAGGGCGAGUAAUAUCGGGCGGCAGUUCAUCAACGUUGGUUCAUACGUGCUCAAGCCGGGGACGGAUAGGCCUGUUCUUCGGGGAGCUGUUGGCGAGUUGUGCGUCUCUGGUAAGCUUGUUGGUAAAGGGUACCUAGGUAGGGAAGACCUGACGAAGGACAGGUUCCCUGCUUUGCGGGUACUUGGCCAGGAGGAGAAGGUGUAUCGCACGGGCGACCUGGUCAGGGUUCUGCAUGAUGAUUGCUUCGACUUCCUUGGGAGGGCGGAUGAUCAAGUCAAGCUGAGAGGGCAGAGGUUGGAGAUUGGAGAGAUCAAUCACUCCAUCAAAACCGGGGUGGAACAGGUGCAGGAUGUAGCAACGGUGGUGAUUCGCAACGAAAAAGCCGGGAAGGAUUUCUUGGUUGCGUUCGUCACGACUGCCGUCAGGGCGAGGGGUGUGGAACAGCAGAAGUUGGAGGUGAUCAAAGAUGAAGACGGAAACGACACAGCCCAGUUGGUUCACAAGGUCCGCCAGGCUUGCAGAGCGAAGCUCCCUGGGUAUAUGGUCCCGACUUAUGUCGUUCGGUUGCCGUAUAUCCCGCUCAGCGCCAACAACAAGGCGGAGAUCAAGGAGUUGAAACGUCUCUUCUCUUCGUUGACUCAGGAAGAGCUGGUCAGUCUCUCGCCUUCAGCCUCUAACACCCCUGGCAGCUUGACACUUACCGGCCAGAAGGUCGCGAGUGUGUUGUCCGAGAUGCUCGCUAUCGAUGCCAGCGUCGUUACCCCUUCCACUUCAAUAUUCGAGUUGGGUCUUGACUCAAUUUCUGCCCUCCGCUUCAGCCGCGCGCUUAAGCGAUCUGGGUUUCCGCAAGCAUCUCCCUCGUUGAUCCUCAGCCAUCCGCUCAUUGCCGACUUAUCGCAGGCCUUGGACACAGGCAAAGCGCAGUCUAACACAGCUCAAAUGGCUGCUGCGAAGCAGCUGGUACAAGCAUGCCAGCAUCGUCAUAUGGCGCAUGUCUGUAAAGAGCUAGGCGUCAAGAGCGAGGAAGUAAAGUAUGUAGCCCCUUGUACCGGUUUGCAAGCCGGUAUGAUUGCCAGGAGGGAGAACUACUAUAAUGUCUUCCGACUCAAAGUGGCUGAGGGGGUGGAUGCCACUAGAUUGCAAACUGCGUGGAACGAGGUCGUGGCGGAGUAUCCCAUCCUGAGGACCAAGUUCGUGCAGACCACAGAGGGAUUUGUCCAGGUUGCUCUGAAGCCCACGAGCACAGAAGCUUUGGUGCCCUGGAGUGAGAAGCAAGUUCGGGAGGACGCUGACGAUGGGCUGACGGUAGAGGAAAGGGUCCUGAACAAAAGGAAGGAGUGGAUGCGGGAAAAUGCCGACGGGGUGAUCAAGCAUACCGUUGAACUCCAGCUGUUCAACAUGAUGACAGAAGGUCGCAAGAAGGAGCGGCUCUUGGUCCUGCACGUCUUCCACGGUGUUUACGAUGCCAACAGCUUGGAGAUGAUACUGCGGAAGGUGGCUGAUGCAUAUUAUCGUAGUGAAAUUGGUCAGGGUCAGGGGCAGGGUGAGAAGGGCCCGUCGUUCCUUGAAGCUCUCUAUCACGGUCCCCUCCAGUCUUUCCCCCACUCUAAGCCAUUCUGGCUUUCACAUCUCAAGCAUGCCAGGCCCGAACCGACGUUCGCCAUAUCCGAAAGCAUCAGUACCAAGGCCCUCAACUCUCACAGAACCAUCCCCUUCAAUCUCCAGAAGUUGACUAAGAUAUUGGGAGUAACAAACCACUCCCUGCUUCAAGCUGCUUGGGUUUCUGUCCUCGCCAGACAGUUCGGCGUCAGCAAUCCAACAAUCGGAGUGAUCGUUUCCGGACGGGCUAUAGAGCUCGAGGGCACUGAGCGCGUAGUUGGGCCACUUUUCAAUACGUUACCAUUCCAUGCUUCGGUCGGCAAUAAGAAGUAUAACGAGCUGGUAAAGAGCUGCCACGAGUGGAGUUCCAAGGCUGUGGAAUGGCAGCAUGUACCGCUUAGGGAAAUCCAGAAGUGGUGUGGAAAAGUGGGCAAGGGGUUGUUUGAGAUUUUGUUUUCGUUUCAGCAGGAGCAAUCUCUGAAGCCCCAGGACGGAGAAAUGGGUGGUAUGACCAAGGGAGAGCAGCUGUGGACAGUCAUGGAUGAAGAAGCUGAUGUGCAGGCUGACUAUCCGCUGGCGCUUGAGGCAACAUUGACGAGUGGUGGUGAGUUGAGGUUGUUGAUUGUUGCUCAGGAGGCGGUAGUUGGGCAGGAGGUGGUUGAGGGGUUGAUGGAAGGCUUGGUUGAUGUCUUGAGGGAGAUAGGGGAGGAUUCGGAGGGGGUGGUUGUGGGUGGUGGGACCGAUUCUGUCACAGGGCGGGAAGAAGCUGGACAAGAGGUCAACAACGUGGAGGAAGUCAAAGAAAGAAAGGGAGGCUCCGGGUUCGUCUGGACAGAGGCCACAAAGACGAUUCGCGAACAGAUUGCUACCCUGGCGGAGGUAGUCAUUGAGACCGUCACUGAGACGACCUCCAUAUUGGAGCUUGGCCUGGACAGUAUCGACACUAUCAAGCUUUCUGCGCGGUUGAGACAGUUGGGUGUCAUCGUCAAGCCAAGCGAGUUGAUGAAGGGCCAGACGAUUGAGGGAUUGGUUCCUUACUUGGAGGAACAGAAGCUCGUGAACGGCACGCAAGUGAACGGCGACCAGCCCUUGAAGGGCUCCUCAACCUCAUGGGACAAAGCGGUCGAGAAGAUCCGGGAGGAACAUGAUGAUUUUGAGGCAGUGUUGCCUGCCACACCCCUUCAAGACGGCAUGGUCGCCGAGAUGAUCCAUUCGGACUUCCACCUGUACUUCAACCACGAUAUCAUGGAGGUUGAACCACACGUCGACAUGACCAAGCUUAAGAGCGCAUGGCAGAUAGUGAUUGCCUCGUCCCCGAUUCCGCGGACGUCCUUCUCCAUGGUGGAUGAUCCCACGUUGGAUUUCGCUUACUUCCAGGUUGUCCAUCGUCAACUCUCCAAAGAAGCCAUCAGAGAGAUGGAAGUCGAAAGCGAGGAGGAUCUAUCCAAGAUCACCGAGUCCGCUACCGCCCGCGCUCGGAAAGCCGGUGGCGUUUCCGGCCUUUUCCAGUUGGCAUUCGCGACACUGGGUGACGGGAGGAGAUUUGUGGUCCUCUCACUCGCCCACGCCCUCUACGACGGAUGGUCUCUCUCUCUCCUCCACCAAGACGUCCAAGCCGCUUACGAAGAUCGGUACGAGGUCCGUCCAUCGUACGAAGCAUACCUAGAGGAAAUCAUCCGCUCAGGCGAUGACCGAGCGAUCUCCUUCUGGUCCGGAUAUCUGACUGGCGCGAAACCGACGUUCUAUCCCCAGAUUGCUCAAAACCAGUCCUCCGUCAUCUUCCGCCAUGAAACGGUCUCCCAACUCGGCUUCGCCAAGAUCAAAUCCUUCACCAAACAACACGCCAUCACCCUCCAAACUCUAGGCCAAGCCUGUCAUGCCGCCGUCUUAGCAACCGCCACUCGAAGUCUAGACGUCAUAUUCGGCGUAGUCCUCUCCGGCCGCGCCGGAUCAGAGGAAGCUGAACAACUCAUGUUUCCUACUAUGAACACGGUGGCUGUCCGAAGCGUGCUACAUGGAGAUGUAGGUGGCUGGCUAAGGUACAUGCAAAGUGUUGCGAACGAUAUCAGUGGGAGGGAACAUUUCCCGUUGAGGAAGAUGCAACGUCUCGUAGAAGGAGGUGGACAGCUUUUUAACACGUUGUUUGUGAUGCAGAGGGGGGUGCCUGGUGGAAGCAGCACAGGAUCAGAUGGAGAUGGUAAAGUGUUGGUGAAGUCAGUUGGUGGGAGUUCGGCGGUUGAGUAUCCCGUUUGUGUGGAGAUGGAGAUUAUUUCUGGGCCAUAUGGUGGUGAUGAUGGUGAGGAGAAGCUGGUUUGGAGAACGGCGUGUGAUUCGAGGUUUGUUGAGAGUGAGAAGGGAGCAAAGGAGUUGCUGGAGAAGUUGGAUCAGGUGUUGAGGUAUCUGGUUGAGAGUGCACAUGGGGAGAAGAACGUGUUGGAGUUUGAAGGAGGCAGAAUGAGGGUGUGUGGGUUGGACGGUUUUAUCCCUGCGGCUGAUGAUGACAUUGUCCCCGUUGAUGAGGGUGAUCUGGUGGAGGAUGCAGAUGUUGAUGGAGAGUGGUCAGAGCUCGGGGAGAGAAUCCGGUCUGUACUGGCAGAAGUGGCUGGUCUUGAGGUUUCGGAGGUCCAGAAGGGCAACAGCAUCUAUCACCUUGGUCUGGACUCCAUCUCCGCCAUCAAGGUCAUUUCCCUCUUGCGGAAACAGGGCGUUACCAUCCCGCUCCGUCAGCUGUUGAAGGCGAGGAGUAUCUCGGCCAUGGCUCAGGCUGCUACUGUUCCCGAAGAGCAGACAACUGCGACAUCCACUGAACUUCCGGCUCCGAAAGAUAACAUCAAUAGCACCAACGCAGUCGGCGACACAUCAUCCUCUGCGCAGGACAUCGACACAAAGCACAUCACCGCGCUACUCUCCCAAUCCGGCAUCAUUCCCUCUUCGGCUGAGCCGAUAACCGACAAUAUCGAGGCCAUCCUCCCCGCCACAGCCAUGCAAGUCCACAUGCUUUCCGUAUGGCAGAACACUGGAGGCGACGUCUUCCACGCGACAUUCACAUAUCGUCUCGCCGGCAACGUCAGCAAGUCCGCCCUCUCGGAAGCUUGGAAGUCCCUGGUUAUUGAGUUCCCAAUCCUGCGCACCAUCUUCUGGGCAAACGAUCAGCCUGAGACUCCUGUGGUGCAGGUCAUUAUCAGACCUGAUGCCAUUGCUCCCUUGGACUUGGGAGCGGUCGAGGACAGUGAUCCCAAACAGUGGUCAAGCCUGCCCAGCAAGCAAAGCGGAAGUGGAUUGAGCCAGCCGUUUAACUCCAUGGCCGGUCAACAAGGUGACAACGGACACUGGAUACUGAGCUUCAAGAUUCAUCAUGCAUUGUACGAUGCGUUGAGCUUGCCAAUGAUGGUUAAGCGGUUUGCUACCUUGUGCUCCAGCGCCGGCACAAUCAUUAUAGGGGAGUCGGAUGCCUCCAAGACACUUGAGGUCUGGAAGGGGUAUACGAGACAGCGAACACAACAGAGCGCAAAGGCGAAGGCGAAGAAGUUCUGGGCUGAAUAUCUCGCUGGGGCGGAGUCGACAUACAUCAACCCCAGCCGGGACCUUGUGGCGUCAGAUGCGGCAGAAUCAGAGACAUCCGCAUACAAAGCAGCAUCAGCCCCGGAAAACGUAGAGCAGUCCACCUGGCUACCAGCCUUCUUGCAACCAUUGGUAGACAGUCUUUCUCGUCUCUUGUCGCUGUCAGGAACCAUCUGGCCAUCAUCUCCAGCCCUAGCUCCAGCUCAAGAGCACCGCCGACCCUCGAACCGCGUCUCGUUCGUCGACCGCUCCGCCAUCGCACAUUCAGACAUGACUCGCAUCAAAAAGCUCUGCGCAGCAGCUGGUAUCUCAAUCCAAUCCCUCUUCUUCGCUGCCUACGCCCAACUCGUCUCCAAGAAUGCCCCCGCCGGGGCAAAUUGGAAGUCAAAGGACGUAGUCAUAGGCGUCUACCUGGCCAACCGAUCUUCCGAGUCCGAGCUACCUGAGAUUCCGUACCCGACUUUAUGUCUGGUUCCUCUCAGGGUGCGUAUCCGAGAGAGUUUACUGGACAUGGCCAAGCAUAUCCAGGAGGAUCUGUACAAGAUUUCGGAUGAGGAGAAUGUUGGUGUGGGACUUUGGGAGAUCAAGGAGUGGACGGGUGUGGUGGUGGAUGGGUUUGUGAACUUUUUGAGUGUGCCUUUGUCUUCUUCCGAUUCCAAUGGUGAUGAGGCAGGCAAUGACGGGCAAGAGAAUGCGGCGAAGAUGGAGCUUCUGAGCGAGGAGGAAGUGAAGACCAUAGGAGAGGUCGAGGAGGAGCAGAAAUUUGUGGUGCCCAAGGAGCUCGAGAACAAUGCUGUUAGGGGUGCAUAUCCGGACGCAAUCGAUGUUGAAGUUGCCAUUGAAGGCGACUCGGUUACGAUGGGCGUGUUUGGAUCGAGGAUUAAGCUUGGGCCGGAGGGCUCGGUUGAUCGUGGACGAGAUGGGCAAGGCGAUGACAGCUUUGUAAGGGGUUCGGUAUCUUUCUUUGUUCUCUUGUAUAUUUGA